AUGAAAAGAGCUACUCAUCGGUUUCUCAGUGGUGCCUGGGACCCAGCUUCCCAGAAGGGAUUUCGUCACAUCAUUUAUCCUGAGGACAUUGAAGCAACUGCAAUGUCUGUAGAUUGUCUUGGGCAGCACGCAGUGCUUUCUGGCCGCCGAUUCCUGUACAUUGUGAAUCUGGAUGCUCCAUCUGAAGGUCACCGAAAGAUCUCUCGUCAGAGCAAAUGGGACAUUGGGGCAGUUCAGUGGAAUCCCCAUGAAAGCUACGCACACUACUUUGCAGCUUCGAGCAACCAGCGAGUCGAUCUUUACAAGUGGAAAGAUGGCAGUGGGGAAGUUGGCACAGCAUUACAGGGGCAUACCAGGGUGAUCAGUGACUUGGACUGGGCAGUAUUUGAGCCAGAUUUGCUGGUUACCAGUUCUGUGGACACCUACAUCUACAUUUGGGAUAUCAAAGAUACAAGGAAACCUACUGUUGCACUGUCUGCUGUAGCGGGGGCCUCACAGGUGAAAUGGAAUAAGAAGAAUGCUCACUGCCUUGCCACCAGUCACGAUGGAGAUGUACGGAUAUGGGACAAACGGAAACCUAGCACUGCAGUGGAAUAUCUUGCUGCGCAUCUUUCUAAAAUUCAUGGGUUGGACUGGCACCCAGACAGUGAGCACAUCCUAGCCACCUCAAGCCAGGACAACUCUGUCAAGUUCUGGGAUUACCGCCAGCCUCGGAAAUACCUCAAUAUCCUCCCUUGCCAGGUGCCUGUCUGGAAGGCCAGAUACACUCCUUUUAGCAAUGGGUUAGUGACUGUGAUGGUUCCUCAGCUUCGGAGAGAAAAUAGUCUCCUUCUCUGGAAUGUUUUUGACUUGAACACACCAGUGCAUACUUUUGUGGGGCAUGAUGAUGUUGUAUUGGAGUUCCAAUGGAGGAAACAGAAGGAAGGGUCCAAGGAUUACCAGCUGGUCACCUGGUCCCGGGACCAAACCUUGCGGAUGUGGAGAGUGGAUUCACAGCUGCAGAGGCUCUGUGCAAAUGAUAUCCUGGAUGGUGUUGACGAGUUCAUUGAGAGUAUUUCUCUUCUACCAGAACCAGAGAAGACCCUCCACACCCAAGAUUCAGAUCACCAACCUAACUUGAGCCAUGGGGAGGAGGAAGCUUCCAAGGAAGAUUCCCCAAACAACAUCCUGUUGGGGAAGAAAUCAGAGCAGUUGGGGUUACCCCAGACACUACAGCAAGAAUUCUCCCUGAUCAAUGUGCAGAUCCGGAAUGUCAAUGUUGAGAUGGAUGCUGUCGAUAGAAGCUGCACGGUAUCUGUUCACUGCAGUAACCACCGAGUCAAAAUGUUAGUGAAGUUCCCAGCCCAGUACCCCAAUAAUGCUGCCCCUUCUUUCCAGUUUAUUAACCCAACAACUAUUACAUCUACCAUGAAGGCAAAACUCCUGAAGAUCCUGAAAGAUACCUCCCUACAGAAAGUGAAGCGGAACCAGAGCUGUUUGGAGCCUUGCCUACGCCAGCUUGUCUCCUGCCUCGAAUCCUUUGUGAACCAGGAAGACAGCACAUCCAGCAACCCCUUUGCUCUCCCAAAUGCUGUCACACCACCCUUGCCCACCUUUGCCCGGGUGACCAGCGCCUAUGGAUCCUACCAGGAUGCCAACAUCCCCUUUCCUAGGACCUCAGGAGCCAGGUUCUGUGGAGCAGGUUACCUGGUGUAUUUUACAAGACCCAUGACAAUGCAUCGGACAGUUUCUCCAACAGAACCUACUCCUAGGUCCCUGUCAGCCUUGUCUGCCUAUCAUAGUGGUUUGAUCACCCCAAUGAAAAUCCGCACAGAGGCCCCUGGUAACCUGCGCUUGUACAGUGGGAGCCCCACACGCAAUGAGAAAGACCAGGUCUCUAUCAGCUCCUUCUACUAUAAGGAACGGAUGUCUCCUCGCUCUGCCCGGCGACGUUGGUCCAUACAAGCAAUUAACGACUUCCCGAAAUCACGAAGAUGGAAGAGCAAACGUGAGGGUGCAGAUUCUGGCAACCGUCCAAUUAAAGCUGCUGGGAAAGUCAUAAUCCAGGAUAUUGCCUGCCUGCUGCCUGUACACAAAUCAUUAGGAGAACUCUACAUACUGAAUAUUAAUGACAUUCAGGAAACCUGUCAGAAGAAUGCUGCCUCUGCCUUGCUUGUGGGACGUAAGGAUCUUGUCCAGGUUUGGUCACUGGCUACAGUAGCUACAGAUCUUUGCCUUGGCCCAAAGUCUGAUCCAGAUUUAGAGACACCCUGGGCCCGACAUCCAUUUGGGCGCCAACUGUUGGAGUCCCUGUUGGCCCAUUACUGUCAACUCCGAGAUGUCCAGACACUGGCCAUGCUUUGCAGUGUAUUUGAAGCACAGUCUAGGCCACAGGGAAUACUGAACCCCUUUGGGCCCUUUCCUAAUCGUUCUUCCAACCUUGUGUCCCACAGCCGAUAUCCUAGCUUUACCUCCUCUGGCUCUUGCUCAAGUAUGUCAGACCCGGGCCUCAGCACUGGAGGAUGGAAUAUAGUGGGUAGAGAAACAGAGCAUGCAUCUUCACCCUGGGGAGAGUCCUCACCUGAUGAAUUACGCUUUGGGAGCUUGACUUACAGUGACCCUCGUGAGCGAGAACGAGACCAGCAUGAUAAAAAUAAAAGGCUCCUGGACCCUGCCAACACUCAGCAAUUUGAUGAUUUUAAGAAAUGUUAUGGGGAAAUCCUUUAUCGUUGGGGUCUGAGAGAGAAACGAGCUGAAGUUUUAAAGUUUGUGUCGUGCCCUCCUGAUCCUCAUAAGGGAAUUGAAUUUGGCGUAUAUUGCAGUCACUGCCGGAAUGAGGUUCGUGGAACCCAAUGUGCCAUCUGCAAGGGAUUCACAUUCCAGUGCGCCAUCUGCCACGUGGCAGUGAGAGGCUCCUCCAACUUCUGCCUGACCUGUGGACAUGGUGGGCAUACCAGCCACAUGAUGGAAUGGUUUCGCACCCAGGAGGUGUGUCCAACUGGGUGUGGGUGCCACUGCUUGCUCGAAAGUACAUUUUGAAAUCACAGGCUAGAGACACCGUGGGGAGGAGUCUGCAGAAGCCCAGUGACCAGACUAACUGCCCAGAGAGCCUUGCCAAGGGUUCUCUGGCUCAACCUACCCUGGAAGGAUGUGAUGGGCUCAUUCACCGAACUCCUUUCUGACCUUGCCAUUUCUUUCUUGGAUUCCUUCCCAGUUUGUCCACUGCUGGCAGUGGUCAUCACCCAAAGGAGGUUGAAGUCACACAAAACAAUGCAUCAUGGGUUCUCAAACUCAGAUAUACUAGGCACUUUUCUGAUGUCUAGCAGGACCAGAACAAAGAAAAGAGAUCAAAGCCAGGUGUAAAAGACAAUCUUUUCUCAGCCAACUGACCAUAAUUAUUAAUGGAAUUGAAAAGUGGUUCUUUCCUAGCAGGGGCUUUGGAAACUUGAUUGUAGAUUUAAUAAGCUGAUAUGGGCAGUGGCCAUUAGGUUCUGACAUUUAAAUUAUGAAUAUAUGAUGUACUUAAGGAUUUUCAAGAUGGUUUUUAUUUUUGAGCUGCUAUUUCUUGACCAGUAAAAUUCUGGUAACUAUGUAAGACAAAGAAUUAAACAGCAUUUUAAUGGAGCAUGUACAAUUUUUCUACUUUGUGUUAAUGAUAGUUGCUAUAAAAAGAACAAAUUAAAUGCUUAGACUGUGUGAGAGAAAAUGCCAGUUUACUUUUGAGAGCAGAAAAUAAUUUCACUUUGUAAAUGGAAGAUGGAAGAAUGCUAUUACUAAGCUGAUAGAGAAAGAUCCUGUUUAUUGUCUGCAUGAAAAUGGACGUGAUGUGCUUGGCACCUGGAACGGUUUUCUCUCCAUCUUUCUGAUGGUGUCGUUGGUUUUGGACUUUGUUCUAAGGUUGCAUCCCAGUGGACGAAACCAAGGCAGUGGCCCAUACUGCCUUUGUAGCAGCGCUUUCUCCUCUCUUCCCUUUCUCACCCCUGACUGCUCUCUAGCUCUGUACACAGCCUAAGUGGGUCUGGGAAGGGAGGCCCUGAGCCAAUAUUUUUCUCUUUUCAACAAAAGUUUACAGCUCCAAAUAGAUGUGCGUUUAAUGAAUAUGAAUAGAAUUCCUCAGCAUUUACAGAUGUGACCAUGUUUUGGACUAAUUAAACUGUGCCUUAAAGAAACAAGCCUCUGGUCCUUGUUGCAGCUUGAAAAUUGGCUGUUUCACAGAACUCCUAACUUAGCCAAGAUGCAAGUGUACCCACGUCCCCCAAGACUCUGCCUUCCCAGGAGGAAACCUUAAAAAGCUGGCAGAGCCAGGAGCGGCAGGGGCAUCAGGAAAUGGGAGAGGCCGGGUGUUCCUUUUCCAUGUGCUUUUCCUCCUGCCUGUGACAAAUGAGAGCCUCCAAUAACAGAACACAGAACGAGCACAGUGGCUGUUGGAAGUGUGCACAGAGGACAAAGGAUCCGUCACCUUCCUGAUGGAAUCCCAAGUUGCCCAGAGGAAGAGCACUUUCCCAAAUCCAGGUUGCCUGGUCUAAUGUGAAAGUCCGUCUCUCUGUUCUCAAGAAUCAAAUGUGUUGUUUUUUUGUUUACAGGCGUGCUGUUAGGUAAAUGUUCUUCCCUUUGAAGUUGUUUAAAAACACACACACAGUCUUGUGAGUCUGUUGUUAUAAUUGUGUGCUAAAGAAUUUAAAGUUAAAAAAUAAUUCUCCCUUUCUUUCACCUUCCAAAAUGGACAAUUCUUUUAGAAUUUACCAUAUUCCAAGUUGAGAAUCCUACCUUUUGUUCAUAUAUUUGUAACUUCUCUCUUCAGUUAUGCUGGAUCUUUAAGUGCUUUAUAAAAAAAUAAUAAAUAAAAAUAAUCCCU